GAUGUUGCAGACAACGUGCGCCAAACAAGAAGAUUUAUAUUAUACGACAAUACCAGCUUUAUUGAAGCCCAAAACGAAAGGUCCUUUAGAUUUGAUUCAGCAUCGCAAGCCACAAAUUUUACCUGGCAGACAAACCACAACAGUAUUUGCCUGAGCUGGAAGGAGUAUUUCGUUAACAAAUUCUAUCUCAAAAACAAACUUCUAAAUUCAAUCGAGCCACACCCAUCGGUUCCAAUUACCGGUGGAUAUGAGCAAAUAACCGGCCCUCUGCCAGUAAGCGGUACGCCGAACGUGCAUGGAAUAAUACAAUAUAAUAUUUCUUGGAAAGUCAGGAACGGAGAUUUUGGACCAGAACAUAUCGUACCUAACUUUCAGAGUCAGAAUUUCUGUAUUGGACUGAAUGUGAGCGAUGGACAAGCAUACGUCUUUAACGUUCGCCCAAUUGAUAUUGUCAACAACACUUUCAACGAGUCCAGAAUUGUUUAUAUUGACAGAACACCGCCUUACGUCAGUAACGUAACUUUGACAUUAGACAAUUAUAAAAUCAACUAUUUAAAAUCUGUCAUGGAUGCAGCAAAGCUGGUCGUCAAGUUAAAUGCAUUCGAUCCUCAUAGUGGCUUGCAGGAAGUUCGAUGGGUUUUAGAAACAGAAAAGACAUCAAGCCUUCAUGAUAGUGUAUCAAUAAGAUAUACAGGAAGUGCGGACAUUGUGCCGUGUCUUCAAAGCUCUGAUGUCUGCUACUGCCCUGCAAUAGGAGGAUGUGAAUCCGUAAACGUCUCUUUACCACUAACCAGUCUUGCUGCGUCAGGCAUUCAUAUAGGCCAAUUCACAGGAAACUACUCACUGACUAUACAAGCAAUCAACAAAGCUUUGUUAGCGACUUCAGAAACUUUAACAAUAUCAGUAGACACAACGAUUCUAAAGGAAGGAUAUAUGAAUACAAAUGACUCGAUGACGGGGUCCCCAACAAUAACCAUAGCGAUCGCAUCCUCUCUUUGUGGCUUAGCUGUACUUGGUGCUAUUGCUAUAACUGUUGUCAUCUUUAUCCGAAGAAAACGGGCAAGGGAAGAGUCAGAUGACCGCGACUCUGAACAACGGUCAGUUGUAUAUCAGUAAGUUUUUUUCAAGAUAUAAGCUGUGCCCUGGUAAAAAGGGGGUUUAUUGCAUGUGCGUAAAGUGUCGUUCCAGAUUAGGCUGUGCAGUCGGCACAGGCUUAUCAGGUACGACACUUUCCGCCUAAGCUAGACGUUUGCCAAGAAAAACUUUCUUAAAACGAAAAAUAUCAUAAGGGCGGAAUGUGUCGUCCCUGAAGUGGCGGACUUCAAAGGCUGAUUUGGGACGACACUUUACGCACAUGCAUUAAACCCAUAGCACGGCCCAUAUCAAGAUUACUUGUUCCUGCUUUUGUUAAUUUUAGAAGUAAUAUAUGAAUCAUUCACAUAUAAACAAAGUGACAAACCGCUUGCAACAAUAAGACGUUUAAUACGACUUGAUGCAUGCCAUAAUUGCCAUUUAAAGUUUGUGAAUGCCGUCCAAACCACACACUUACUAAGAGGGUCGGAAUGGACGCAUACAUAGUUUUGAAUGUGUGGAGAGAACAGGAAUACGCUUUUUUAAACUUAAAACUUGAUUGAUAUCAGUGUAAUAAAGUGUAGAUAAGCAGGACGUGUCUUAAAUGCCUAUUGACCAACACGUUCUUAGGUAAUUUGCUCUUCAACGCAGGUACGCUGAAGGUAGAAGCGGAAACUGCACUAAGUUUGUAGAGUGAAAACUUCCAUAUGUUUUAAGCAAUGCAAUCGAAACUUAAACAUGUUCAUACUCACGAAGAGCAGAUUUCCAGCUAUACACUUUUUUCUUUGUUUAUAAAGGCCUAUAUAAAAUGUUAAAAUUGUAUAAAUAAGACUAAUUCUACAUUGUUCAUCCAUUUAAAUUUAAACUUCGAAAAUUCCAUUUACAUGAAGUGUAGAUAGUCAAGACAUAGUUUCAACGCGCAGAGAUUCUCUUAAAUGGCUUCUAUGACUGUUGAAAUGCGUUGCGGUUGAAGUGUCAUGUUUUUAAUCAAGUACUUUAAACAAAGGAAGUUUCUACUAGCCUCAUAGCAUUGCAAUAAAAAGGAACAGCUCUCAUCUUGUUUAUUUAACUUGUAAUUUAUUCACAAUACUUAUAUUGGCAAACAUACAUUGUAUUCAAUAAUAUUUGAAAAAUAUUGACGCCAUUCGAUGUUUUAUAUAAUAUAGUGGUGUGAUGAGCCAAUCAUUUGGUCAACAUGAAGGAGAUGAACACGUUUAUGAAAAGUGUGACACAAAUGGCGCUUCAAAUCCGGUUUCAUACGAAAUGGACCAAACAACACCGCAUGCAGAAAUGUCGU